AUCUUUAGUUGAAAGUCACAGAAGAUGAAAGAGGCUCUUGCAAUGCCUUUUGAAUUCUGAAAUCUCAAGUGAGCACUUUCUUCAGUGUAUACUGCUUUGAUUAAGUUUCAAAAUUACUUUAUUUUUCUUUGACUCGAAAUGCUGUGGGAAAUGCUUGUGAAACACCGCGAGUAUCUGGAAAGACAAAGGGAAACUUUCAAAUUCAGAAUAAAAAAACUGACUGCAAAGCAAGAGGACAUAUUGAAGAAAUCCACGGUUAUGAGAGAAACCAUCUCAAAGAAGUAUGAAGACAUUGUAAAGGUGCUGGAAGAGGAUUUGAAAGUGACCCUGGACCAACUUGAAGCAGAGGCCAAAGCGGCUGUUCAUACCAUUGACUGUCGUAUAGAAAAAUGCCACCUGCUAGCCCAAGAUAUUGAACAAGAGUUAGCAGAGCUCAGCCUUCAACAGCAGCAGAACAAACAGCAAACCUACACAAAGAAUGCAAAGACUGAAGAGAGAGUUAUAGAAGUCAUGAACAUCAGCAAUCCUGAUUUGGUUCAGCUGGACAACUUCAAGUCCAAUCAGCUGCUGAGCCUUAUCAAUAAUUUACAGCUGUUCAUCCGCGCUCAGAUCCCAGUAACUAGAAAAGUCUUCCAGAGCUAUGCCACCAAAGUUGUGCUGGACCCUGAGACUGCCCAUCCCAAGCUGGUCAUUUCCCCUGAUGGCAUUUCGGCCACCUUCUCAGACGAGUGGCAGGAGUUCCCUGACAGCCCGGUGCGCUUUGACACCACUCUGAACGUUAUCAGCACAGAGGGCUUCUCAGACGGAAGGCACUAUUGGGAGGUAGAUGUAGGAGGCAAGACCUACUGGGAACUGGGGGUCACAUACCCUAGCAUCUCCCGGAAAGGCAGAGAGGAAGACUGCUGGCUGGGCAGGAGUGGGGUAUCGUGGUGCGUGGAGUACUUCAAUGGGGAGUACACAGCCUGGCACGAUGGGCAACCCUACCCGCUGCCCAUCAGCAAGGUCUUUAAGAGGAUCGGGGUGUAUGUCAGCUACCCGGCCGGGGUCAUCUCCUUCCACGGGGCUGACAGCAUGAUGCAGCUGUUCACAUUCUGUGCUGGCACCUUCACGGAUAUCCUUUACCCAGCUGUGUGUCCCGGGCAUGACAACGAAGGCACCAACCGCAAAGCGAUUCAGAUCUGCAGCUCUCUGAAAACAUGAGCAGGACUUGGCAUGAAUAAGAAGGAAGGCAAUGCAAUUCAAACGGUUGCAAAGACAUCAAGAUAUGGAAUGGUAAAAACAUCCAAACAGAGACUGUAUAAGCUUCCCUGUAUGGGACAAAUGGCAGGCCCUGCAGAACCAGCUGGUUAAGGCAUGCUUCCCCAUGUUAAGUACUUCAGUGAUAAAUGGUAAAGGAAUGCACAAUGCAACUGUCAACUGGUCACACGAAAUCUCUGAGAAACAUUAUUGUCUGUUGUUUUUCU